UACAAGUCCUCCUUUUCUUUAUACUUACACGGUAGUUUUGUACAGACCUACAAACUACUGUGUAAAUGUGCGUAUAAACAGACAAAUGGAUUAGACAAGAAAUGACUGUUUCUAAGCCUUUUUUGUUAACUUCUUUUUGUGUGCCUUUGGUUGGGUUGGAGAUAUGGGGAAUGGGGAGGUGUAUCACCAUGGCCAAACCAAGUUCAGUACAACUUAAGAAAAGGUGAGGUACUUUUAAGUGUGUGGAUCUGAUCACUGCAAACUUCAGACCAAACACCCAGGGGUGCUGGAACAAUUUUUAUAGUGGAGGUGCUGAGAGCCACUGAAAUAAACUAUAAACCCUGUAUAUAAUGGAAACCACUUCAAGGCAGAGGCUGCAGCACCCAUGCAAAUAUCCUUCAUUAUAUGAGGCCUAAUGGAUAGGCCUGCUAGGUUUUUUUAAAAAAUCAUUAUUUAUUCUUCUUAUUAUUAUAAGCACGAGCAGUAAUUACAAAAUUUUGCUGGGCACGCUAACUCCUCAACACCGAGCAGUUCUUGGAAAAAUGUUUGUGCUAAUGAAAGAAGAGAAAGUGGAUUCAAGUGGUAAAGCAAUUCAUGAAGAUUAGAUUUCACUUCACACCUACCGAUAACAACACUUCCCCCCUGUAGUUUGUGUGUAUUUCCCCUUCUUCUGUCUCCUUGUCUGAGUUUCCUCUACAUAAUCAGGGGCCUACUUGAGCGCGUGGGAGCCAGGCAGCAGUUCGCCUACAGGCUACAGCAACUGCACACAAAUUAGCAGCGUUACAACUGAGAGAUUCCUUAUACUUAGUUCUUAGCGAUGUCGCUAAAAUCUAAGUUCUCCUAAAAUAACCAAGAUGUGAAAAUUCGCCCAGGCUAGAAUAAACUCAAAGUUCACGAGUCCGACCUGCUUGUUUAAGCACAGCAUGCGGAUGCAAGGCGUCUGUCACCCCAGGCUGAUAAAGUGUUUCGAUAUUUAAUUUAAGGCUAGAAAGUCACCGGAAGCUAGCUAAAGCCAUGGUCAAGAAGGUGAAGUCAUUCCCUCGGGCGGAGUCCUCCAAGGCUCCAUUGAUACCCGCCGCAGCCAAUCACAACCCCGGCACCGCAGCAACUGCAUUCCGAUUAGGAACGCUGGCAAACCCAACGUUCCAAAUCGGAAUGCUUGGCUCAGCGGUCCCGGGGAUGUGAUUGGCUCCUGCGAAGAGGAAUUCAUCAGAAUCACAGGGGUUUGGAAGGCACCUUCUUAGAUGAUACAGAGCAGGGUCAGCGAGAUGCCUCAGUUAGAGACUGGACUGAAUUUGUAGGCGUUGGAAAGCAGCAUUUGCGAGGCAGGGCUCCCAGCACGAAAGCGUUAGGGGGGCAGAGCACUAGAGGGGCCAGGGGACCAGGUCCCUCACCAGGAAGAAAGCCAAUUGGGAAGGGAGGUGCCUCAGCACAAGAAAGCGACGCAGGCAAGCCGAGAGAUCGCAGCCCCCGAGCGGGAAGCCGGCAGAAGAAAAGCUCUCUUUGCACUUUUCGCUCCCAGCGGGGCUGCCGUGCGCUUCUUGAAUCCACGGCUCGAAAGCGAUAAGCCCAAGAGGCGGAGAAAGCAGGGCGGAGACCCGUCAGCAAAUCACCUCCAAGCCUCCCCCGCAGUCCACCCAGCUCCCUUCGGGGAGGAGGGGGCUUGGCGGAGGCGGGGCGGGAGGGAAGGGCAGGGCUCCUAUGAGGCUCGCGUCGGGCUUGUUGGACGGGCGCGGCGAGCCAAUGGGAGGCGGGGUGGGCGAGUGCGGAGCUGAGACUGAUUGGCGGGGCGGGGGAGGCGCAGGCCAAGCCCGAGAGCUCCGCGCGUCCCGGGGGCGGGGGGGCGAGCGAGCCUCACUCUUUGUGUUUGUGUCUGUGUCUGUGUCUCUCCCCGCGAUGCUGCGUUGCCCGGCUGCGCCCGCUCCCGCCUGGUCUGCGGACGGCCUCUCCCCGCCGUGGGGCUGAAGGAGGAAGAGGAGGAAGCCAGGAGGCCGGCUCGCCUGCCCAUGCAGCAGCCCCGUCCCGCCGCCGUCGCCCCGCAGACCUGCAUGGACGGGCAUGGGGAGAGCAGCACCUUCCUGCGCCGCCGCCGGGGCUGAGCAGCGCCGCCGCCGGCCGCACCCGCCGCCGCCGGCCGCCCUCUUUCUCCUCUUCAACGUCGGGCUGCUGCUGCGCACAGGUAACUGCCAACUGCAAACACCAUGUCGAAUCCAAAAGUGCACCACAGAUUUUGUGUCAUUAACUUCGCAUCUAAACUCUGCCCUUGAUGGCUUUGAUUUGGAGUUCUGCAAAGCCCUUCGGGCAUAUUCUGCCUGCACCUAUCGCAAUUCCAAAGUCUGUCGUGGAAACCUAGUUUACCAUUCUGCUGUGCUAGGGAUUAGCGACCUCAUGAGCCAGAGAAACUGCUCCAAGGAUGGGCCAACAUCUUCUACUAAUCCUGAAGUUACCCACGACCCCUGUAAUUACAGUGGCCGCAGAGGAGCCAGAGAACUUCGGGGAGGGGAGCAAACUCCUCCUACUUACCUCUUUUGUGGUUUGUUUGGUGAUCCUCACCUUAGGACUUUUAAGGAUCACUUUCAGACAUGCAAAGUGGAAGGUGCCUGGCCUCUCAUAGACAAUAACUACUUAUCAGUGCAAGUGACAAAUGUGCCUCUGGUGCCAGGAUCCAGUGCUACUGCUACAAAUAAGAUAACUAUUAUCUUUAAAUCAUACCAAGACUGCACAGAGCAGAAGGUGUACCAGGCAGUCACUGAUGACCUACCGGCGGCUUUUGUGGAUGGCACAACAAGUGGAGGUGACAGUGACACCAAGAACUUGCGUAUAGUGGAGAGAGUCACUGGCAGAUAUGUGGAGAUGCACGCCAGGUACAUCGGGACCACUGUGUUUGUGCGCCAAGUUGGACGUUACCUAACGCUGGCCAUUCGCAUGCCAGAAGAGCUGGCCAUGGCUUAUGAAGAAAGCCAGGACCUGCAGCUGUGUGUGAACGGCUGCCCCUCGAGUGAACGCAUUGAUGAUGGUGGUCACUUACCUUUGCCCGUUAUGGGGCAGCUUCUUCCACAUGCUGCCUCUACUCAGCCCCAGUCUGUGUACACACUGGAGAGUGCCACUACCAAAUGCCAUGAGAAGAUGCUGGUGAAGGACAUUUAUUUUUACUCUUGUGUGUUUGAUCUGCUCACCACUGGUGAUGCUAACUUCACAGCAGCAGCUCAUAGUGCUUUGCAGGACAUAGAGGCACUGCACCCCAGGAAAGAGCGCUGGCACAUCUUCCCCAACAGUGGAAAUGGUGACAUGGGCAAGAAUAGCAAAUUGUCCGUUAGUCUUGGACUUGUGUGCUUAAUCCUUGUUGCGUUUUUGUAAGGUUUUUUGUCUAUAACAAAGUUUUAAAAUAUAUAUUGUCAUAAUAUAUUGAGUAAAGCUAAGAGUAUAUAUGUAUAUACCAUGUAUAUGAAGGGACGUUUGUCUUGGGACACCCGCCAGAUUGUACAUAUCAUGUUUCUGUUUUACAUGUAUGUUGGAUGUAAUAUUCUUUGAUUGUAUCAAUUUGUUUUGCAGUUGGUGAAAUGUUUUAUAAUGUCCCUGCAUUGGGACCUCAUAGAAAGCACUUUAUUUUUUAUAUAUCAAAUAUUUAUGUGUGUAUCUGGGUAAUAUGUAUAAUAUACUUGUACAUACACCCGACCCAGCGCUCCCUCUAAGUAUUACAUAGUUUAACAAUCUUU